CUUAGAAGAACCACCAUGUUUGGCAUUCAGGUAUAAAAUAAGGGUGCAGGUAGAAAACUUUCGGCCAAAAGCUUUCACUUAUAAUACGUGGUUCUUCUAAAAUAUCUUUUUUCUUUGUUAGUUCAAAUAAUAGUACUGAUAAUCAACAAUUAGAUGCCAACCGAGCUCUUUUAAUUUUUUAUUGUAAUUUUUGUAAAUUUUUAGGUUAUUAUUUACUUUUAUUCAAAUAUUAGGAUUUUUAAAACAAUUUUGUGCUUUCAUAAAAUUUUAAAUAAUAAAUUUGUGCCUACCCUACACAUAUACAUAAUCAGAUUAAACAUAACCUAAAUGUCGCGUUCGAGUACUCCAAAGAUGUUUAAAAUAGUUGCUCUGUGUUUAUUAUUGUUUGGCAAAAUACUUGCCGGCCCUGAAGAAGAGGAAGGUGUUAAAUAUGCUAAUAAAUGUGAAGCAUGCAAAGUUGUUGCUCAUGAACUCGAAGCUAGACUUGACGAAACGGGAAGAACUCAUGAUGUUUUGGAGAUUGGGUACUCUGUAGAUGAUGUUGCUCCAAAGAAAAGGAAGGAGUAUAAAAAAUCUGAACUAAGACUUGUAGAAUCUUUAGAAAAUAUUUGUGACCGAAUUUUAGAAUAUAAUAUUCAUAAAGAACGUCAAGACAGUACAAGAUUUGCCAAAGGAAUGAGUCAGACAUUUAAAACUCUUCAUGGUUUAGUAGAUAAAGGUGUUAAAGUAGAACUAGGAAUUCCGUAUGAGCUGUGGGACAAACCAUCAGUGGAAAUCACAACAUUGAAAUCUCAAUGUGAAGAUUUGCUUGAAGAGCAUGAAGCAGACAUAGAAGAGUGGUAUUUUAAUCAUCAAGGAAAAAUAUCUCUUCACAAAUAUCUAUGUAGUGACAGAGCACUAGUGGGUGAAGAUGACUCUUGCUUGAAAGAAAAAGGAGAUUCUAAUAAACUCCAGAAAAAUAAAGCGAAUAAUAGUAAAUCAAAGGACUCUAAAGACUCGAAGACUGACAAAAAUAAAAAACAAGGAGAUCGAAAGAAUGAAUUAUAAAUCAUGUAGAACAUUUUUUAUUUGUAUAUUGACGACAUUGUCAUUAAUGACCCUGAUAGAUUUGAAGCAUCUUUUUAUUAAUUUUAAAACGACGAGCACAAUGGGUGAUAAAAAAUCGGUUAACUAACUGAUGUGUAACAUCCAAGUGUUUUUAAAAUAUCUUUAAGUAAAUGCUGAGAUUACUUUUAACCCAACUGCAAACCCUUGAUUGAAAUGAAUCCAUCAGGGAAUGACGUUUGAGAUUUUUAAAAUUAUUCAUAAAUCAUAAUAUAUUAUUAGUGUGAUAAAUAUCAUUUAUUGUAUUAAUAAAGUAAUAAUUGUCAACACAGU